GAGGGAGAGAAAAUCAUGUUUGAGGUCCAGAGAGAAAAGAAGGGAGGGCUGAGAGGAGGGAGUGUACAGUAUGAGAGCACUCUAUAGGGUUUGGUUGGCUGUACGGGGGUUGGUGAUGUCAUCCAGGCCCCGCCCACCUGCUGAGGCUAUAGAUGCUGGUGUUUUGGUGGUCCACCUCUCCACAGCGAGGACGUCCGACUGCUGAACAAGUCCUAAGACCGACCGACCGACCUUAGUGAAGUUGUCCAGCUCCUGGUCGCGCCUCAUCCUUUUCACAUCACCUUCAUCUUCUUCAUCCUCGUCUCCUGCAAGCCGAAGCUUCGAGAGGUCAUGGUGGGCGUCGCUCUCAACCUCCGAGUCGUCUUCCUGCUGCUCGGAGGGACGAUUCUACUCAACGGCAUCUCUGCACAGAGGAUCAGAGUCCGUCGUCAGAACAUGAAGGUCCGGAUCAACGCCACCGGCGACACCAUCAUCAUGAAGUUCGUGCGUCCGAGUCCCGACGUGAAGCUGGAGGGUUACAUCCUGGGAUACGGCAGCAGCAUGUUCUCCAAACAGUUCAUCCAGCUCCCGGAGAACGGACAGCCCUACGAGACCGAGAUGGACGCAGAGCCCAAGUACCUGGUUGCCGUGCAGCCAAUCCCAGUCAACGACGUGAAGAAACACUGCACAGGUAAGGUGAACCUGGAGAAGCCGCUCCACCUGGUGAUCGGCUCCGUCAGCCCGACGGCCGUGCUGCUGUCCUGGGGAAACUACCUGAAGACGCCGUACGAAGGCAACAUCAUGAACGAGUGUCUGGAGGACGGGUUUUACACCAUCCGCUACAGGGAGAGGAACAGGAAGUGGAUUUACCAGACCUGCCCGACCAGCGACACAGUCAUCGACAACCUGAAACCCAACACGCCCUACGAGUUCGGCGUCCGGUCAAACAAAGAUGACCGCAGCGGCACAUGGAGCAAAGCGGUCAUCCACAACACCAACAUGGGCAAUAAAAAUACACAGAAGCCGUACAAGCUGCGCAACCCCCUGGCCAAGCCCAUGAAACCUCAUGGACCUCACACUCUGUUCCCGCCUCGUCCAGCUCUGCACAACCGGACGCAGCCUCGACUUUCUCCUCCGCUCAAAAACCCAGGUUUCUCCGGAGCUCCACGCACUUCCUUUGCGCCACCUGAGGGCCAGCAGGAAACGUUCCCUGUGCGCGGCUCUGCUCAGCCUCACUGGCCUCGUGUGUCACUGGACAAAGGAAACUCUGUUAAAAACGACACCGGCCGACCGACGGAGCCUCCUCCUUCUGCCGUCCCCCGACACCUGCCCACCAAAGCCCCCUCUGCCAACGCCACAUCCUCCCCCCUUACUAAAUUAUCCUCCUCCUCCCGUGGCGACCGGCUUCAGGGGCAGACUACUAAGGCGCCCACUAACGCACCCGAGAAGCCUCAUAACCCUGCUGCUUUCGGCAAAUCACAGGACGGAUCGUCGCUGCUGAGAACAGCUCUGGCCAAUGAGAGGGCCAAAGCUAACAGCUGGGGUCAAGGCAGCAAAAGAAAUCUGUCCCCGUCACUGCCUUUGCAGACCUACAACCCAGCAGCUACCCCGGUUGCCAGAUCCAUGAGGCCUGCAUCAAGAAACCCCCUCUUUCCCCUCUCUAACGGCUUCAGACAGCCCCACUCUUCCUCUAGACCCAGUAACUCGUCCCCGACCUCCGGGAUACUCGGGGGAAAUCCUCCUGUAAACGGACAGCCGCACCGGGGCAUUUCCCCGCCCAAACCGGCCUUAUGGUCCCGACCUCGACUGGUCAACAACUCUCUGCUGGAGGACAAGACGUCUGAACGCCCGGAUGUGUUUGGUCGCUCGGGUCCCACCGUCCAGGAGCGCUUUUAUGGAUCCCCGGCUCGUCCGUCCAUAACCAUCAACAAGAGACCCAACCUGGUGGGGAAACCUGGAGAGACAGACAAGGUGAACAACUUCAAGACGGACAAGUUGCCGGUCCUGAAGUCCAAACUCCCUCUGGUCACAGCCAAGCCCUCCAAACAGGAGCGGAGACAGACCACCACGGCCACGCCCACCACGGCAGCCCCUCGGCAGGAAUCCUGGGAGGACUCGGACCUGUUCAAGUCACAGCCCACAUCUGACGUCGACGCCAUGGGCAAGAAACGAUUCGUGGCGCCUCACGUCGUCUACCAAACGGGCAAGAGGCUGGAGGAGCCCUGCUCCAUCACCUCCUCCCUCAACUACUUCCCCGAGGACGAACCCAGCGAGACCAACGUGACGGCUCCGCCCAAGAGUGCGCCCUCCAACCUCACCGUGGUAACGGUGGAGGGAUGCCCCUCCUUCAUCAUCCUGGACUGGGAGAAAACGGACAACGACACAACAGAGUAUGAAGUCAUCUCCACCGCUAAAGGACCUGACGGCGAGCAGGUUUCCAUCCUGACCACCAACCAGACUCACACAGCUGUGGAGAACCUGAAACCUGAGAGCAGUUAUGAGUUCAAGGUGAAACCGAAGAACGAGCUGGGCUCAGGUCCUCCCAGUGAGCCGGUGUCCUUCAACACAGAGUCAGCCGACCCUCGGGUGAGCGAGAACGUCUCAGGGAAAGACGCCAUCUGGACCCAGUUCCCCUUUAAGACAGACUCGUACUCCGACUGCCACGGGAAACAGUACGUGAAGAGGACCUGGUACCGUAAGUUCGUCGGUGUCCAGCUGUGCAACUCACUCAGGUACAAGAUCUACCUGAGCGACUCUCUCAACGGUAAAUUCUACAACAUCGGAGACCAGACCGGCUUCGGCGAGGACCACUGUCAGUUCGUGGACUCGUUCCUGGACGGGAGAACCGGCAGACAGCAGAGAGCCGACCAGCUGCCAACCAGACCCGGUUUCUACAGAGCCGUCCGUCAGGAGCCCGUCCACUUCGGACAGAUAGGAGGACACUCCCACGUCAACUACGUCUCAUGGUACGAGUGUGGGACACCCAUUCCCGGCAAAUGGUGAACGGGUUCCACCCCAGAGCGGUCCUCGGACGAGGGGGGAGCGGUCGCCCAGGCUGGGACGGCGACAGCAGGAGGAGGAUCUUCACCCAGUGCUGUAAAAACAUGUACAGGACAAUACUCGUCAGGGAAUUUGUAACGAGAGAGCAUUUUAAAAAUAUGUAACAGCAAACGUGCCUCGUCUUUACUAUUUAUCAAGCAACAAGGCGACAGUGAUUGCAGAGCAGGAGGGUCAAACUCACGCUAGACAUUUUAUUUUGUGUUCAGAUAAUGGGAAGCUGGCUCCCUGGAUUACUAUUUUCAUAACUUGUGAGAUGUUAUUUAUCAAAAGGUCUUUGAUUACAUUUCUUCACGAGGGCCACGGGUGACACGUCCCGGGAUUCUUGGUGUGUGAUGAUGAUGAUGAUGUUGUUUUCCUGUUGAUUUGCAUCAUAGAGUUCAACUGUAGAGUGAGACGUGUGACACCUGCUCCACACUCACAGGAACUGUCUGCUGCUGGUGGCUGAGACCAGCUCACCCAGGCGGACUCGCUGGAUUUUAUUGUUCUUAUUCUGCCUCAUGGAUGUCACAUGUACAUUCACUCAAGCCCUGAAGAAGAUGUCAUUUCACAUGUACGUGACACAUGUACAUGUUGAUGAAUCUCUGCUGUUUGUUGGACGUGGGGCUGCAACCAUUCUCUUGAUUAUCGAUUGAUCUGCAGAUUAUUUUCUGGAUUGAUCAGAAAACGUCAGGUGAUGUUCUCUCAUGUCCAAACUCAAAAACAUGGAGUUUAUUAUCAUGUAAAUCUGAUAUUUGAGAAGCUGAACCAUCAUUUCUGCAGGUGGUUGAUCUGUUGGUGCAAUGGUUGCAGCUCCUGGAGAUUCAUGUUGAUCAUUAAACACAGUUGUUUUUGGUGCUUCAAACUAACGCAGGUCAGUGAGACGUGGACACAGCGGCGGCCUGCAGCCUCACACAGGAAACCAGCUGACUAGCACCAGGCUUCUACACUUGCAAUUUGCACAACAGAAAUGUAUUUAUAUGUAUAUGGAGAGAAUGUAUUUUUUCAAUACAUUUUUGCAGAUGCAUUUCCCUCACCUUGGCCUUUGUUUACUGUACUAUAAUGUGCUCCUCCUCUUCCUCUUCUUCUUCUUCUUCUCUCCUCAUGCUGAAGCAGGUCAAUCAAAAAGAAUACUGAACGAAGCCCUUUCUUUAUUUCACCAAACAUGAAGUAAAGAACCUCUGAACCCACUUCCUGGUGGGUGUGCCAGUCAUGAUUAAAGUAGGGCUAGCUAAGUUAAUGAGGGUAAAGCAACGGCUUAUUGUUUCCAUGGCGAUCAGGCUGACUAUCCCUGAUCUAGGUCCUGGAAAGGAACCAUGUGAAACUUUUACAUCAGGUUCUUUUGUUCAUAAAAUUUGUGAACCGUCAUAAAAUAUCUGGCUAGCGAACCAGAUACUGGUAACAAAUGGUUGAACUAACUAACCAGAAACAUCUGGAUAACUCCUGGAUAUAGUCCCAUGGUAAGGUUAGACAGAUGUUAGUUCAGAUAAAACUAAUUAUUCUGACAGAGGUGGAAGACUUUUCUUUCUUCCAGAUGAACAAAACACAUUUUCCUUGAAUUGUACGUGACUGAAAUGUCCAUGAAGUGUGGUACGACAGGGGAUACGAGCUAACAUGCUAACUGUGUUUUACACUUGUGUUAUACACACUAUAAACGCUCCAGGGUUAUGGAGGCAGGGUUCACUAUCUAAAGUGAUGCAGGGCAUUUUCUGAUUUCUCCACAUGUAGCUCAGUCUCCUGAACACAGUGAACUUUAACCUUUAACCUUCAGCUGGAGCCCGGACUGUACUUGAGCAUAGACCCCAUCAUUAUAAACCAGGGACAAUUGAAAACACAGGAGAGUGCUGUAUGUACGUUAACGUGAGGCUGUGCUGUUGAUGUUUUUCUACUUACGUUUAUUUCUAUAUUGAUUUUUCAACAAUAAAGAAGUUUUGAUUCCUU